AUGUCAUUGGAAGAUUUGAAAGAACCUCCUAAUUUCAACCCGAAGCCGCAUUUUAGCUUUCUCGUAACAGAACUCUUCACGAAACUUGACUUAGUUAAUAAGGAUAAUCUACGAAAUUUUACUUCAAUAACUGCAAAGAAACAAUUCAUUAUAGAUGAGUUCAUUAAAAACUGGAAACAUUACGUUGGCCUAAACAUAUACCCUGCUGCGAGAUUGAUAUUCCCAGCAAGGGAUGGUCGUUUGUAUUUUAUAAGAGAUGUAGGAUUAUCAAGACUAAUCACGAAAAUGUAUAAGAUUCCAAAGAAUUCUAUUGAUUUUAGACGAGUGAACGAUUGGAAAAGAAAUUAUCACGACUAUAAGAAGCUUAAUACAGAUAAAAAGAGACUUCGUACGCUUUCAUAUAUCUUAGCACAACAGAUUUCUGAAAGAAGAGAUGUCCAACCAAAGGGAGACGAAGUCACCAUACAGGAAGUUAACGAUGUCCUCGAUAAGCUAGCAAGCGAUGAAGUGGAAUCAGGAAGUCAACAAAUUGAAUUACUCGAGCCAUUUAUGCGUAAGUUGAAUACUGAGGAACUAAGAUGGUUUUUACAAAUUAUCUUGAAAGAUGCAACGAUAUCUCCUAUGGAGUCAUACUUUUACAGAAGCUGGCAUCCAGAUGCUCCUCAGUUUUCCAACGUGGUUAACAAUCUUAGAGCUGUUUUCUGGAGAUUAACCGAUAUUACGGAAAGACUUUCUGAAAGUGAUUUGAGAGUUCAUCUCAUGUACCCCUUUCUACCACAGUUGGCUGCCAAACCAAAGCUAUCAUAUGAAGAAAUCGCUUCAAGGAUGGGAAAUAACUUUUAUAUCGAAGAAAAGAUCGAUGGAGAUAGGAUGAUAAUGCAUAUGAAACGGAAUUCUGAAGACAAAAAUGAUAUGCACUUCAAGUACUACACCAGGAGGUGCAGAGAUUACAGCUUAUUAUACGGAGAAGAUUUAAAGAACGGUGCUAUGAGUAAGUACCUAAGGUAUGCCUUUCAUGAGGGUGUUAGUAGCUGCGUUUUAGACGGUGAAAUGGUAGCUUGGGAUUAUAGACGAAAUGUUAUACUUCCUUUCGGCACAUUAAAGGCAUCUGCUGUACAAGAAGCAGUGAGACAUUUCACCACUGAAGAUGCUUUCUCAGAUCAAUCCGCAUGGCCCUUAUUCAUAAUAUAUGACAUUUUAUAUUUAAAUGGGGUGCAUUUGGUUGGUACUAAGUUGAUCGAACGUCGGAAUGCUUUAAAGAGAAUAAUCAUUGAAAUUCCACAUAGAUUUGAGUUAUUAGAGACACCGAUUGCUCAUACCGCUCAAGAUAUUGAGGAUGCAAUGAAAAAAACCGUUUUGGAACGAAGUGAAGGAGUUAUGCUUAAAAAUGUCAACCUGAAGUAUAAGAUUGCCCAAAGAGAUAAUUCAUGGGUUAAGGUAAAACCGGAAUAUCUUGAGCAAUUUGGAGAAAACUUAGAUUUGGUAGUCAUAGGGGUAAUCAAGGGUGUUAAGAAUGCAUACAUGUGUGCAUUGAAAGAUACAAGCGAUGGUGAUAUCUACAAAUCAUUUUGCACGGUGGGUAAUGGGUUUUCUAAUUCUGAAUAUGAUGAAAUAAGAAGAAUCACUGAAGGUAAGUGGCAUGAUUAUAAAACUGAACCUCCUCCACCAGAUAAGGUGCUUUUCGGGUCAAGGAAGCCUGAUCAAUGGAUAUAUCCAGAGGAUUCACUUGUAAUAGAAAUUAAAGCAAGAUCUAUUGACAGUGAGUUAUUGGGCACCUAUGCAGUUGGGAACACAUUGCAUAAUUUGUACUGCAGAAGGUUGAGACUAGAUAAAUCAUACGAAGAGUGUGUGACAUUACAAGAAUAUAAAGAGAUGAAAGAAUUGAAUUCAAUGGAUGCUGCUAAAGCCCAAGAGGUUAUAAAGGGAAACAAACAGCUAGGUGUUAAACCAAGUAAGGAAAAUAGACUUCUUGGUGAUGCUAUAGCUAUUAAGAAUGUAAAGGUGGUUUCUACUUUAUUCAAGGGCCUCAAAUUUAUUAUUUUAUCAGGUAAAGUAGAUCUGAAAACAGGAGAUAGAAUCUCAGAUACUGAUAUUAUCAAAGUUGUUAAGAAGCAUGGUGGCAUAAUUUGUACCAACGUUGAACCUCAGAGCGUUGUAGAUAGAAAAAUUAUCUGUGUGAGUGAAGUAUUGACAGUUAAAUCGAAGCAAAUGCUCAAAAUCGGAAUAGAUUUAAUACUGCCUGAAUGGAUUUUCCAAUGCAUAAGGUAUAAUUCAAUUCUUCCAAUUGAACCUUCAUUGAUUUUUAGGAGUAGUUCAGAUAAAUUAGUUGAAACUAGUAAACGCAGGCUAGAUGAAUAUGGUGAUAGUUACAUUCUUCAUGUGGAUGAGCCUAUCCAGAAAUAUGCUAAAAGGUUACAUAUAGUUAAAGAAGAAGGGGGAGCAGCAAAUAGGCAAGGUCUUGUCACACUUCAAACUAAUGCAAGUGCUGAUUUCAAAUCAGCUGGAGUAGAUGAUUCCCCUAUUGCUUACCUUUUCAAAGAUGUCAAAUUUUAUAUCGUGUCUCUUCAAUCAACGCCAAGCUGGCAAACAGAAGGACUCGAGAGGAAGAUUAAAAGGUAUUUCGGGGAAGUAACACUAGCCUUAGAAGAUGCUUCCUUUGUAGUGUUCACUGCAUUCGAUAAGUAUGAUUUCGCUGCCGACCAAGAGGGAAGACGUAAGGCUAAGGAAAUUUCUAGCCGUAUUUCGAAUGAGUGGUCAAGGUCGAAAAAGAUUCCGUACAUCGUUGAUGAAUCCUUUGUUGACGAAAGUAUUAGAAAUAAAGUAUUAGUCGAUCCACAAGAUUAUAAGGUAUAG